ACACACACACACACACACACACACACACACACAUCAAUUAAUCAAUACAACACUGAUUGGAGAUAGAUCAAUAGAUCAUGUUUACAGUAAAGUCUCCACCUGCUCUGUUAAUAAAUAUAAAUAUUUAUAAAACUGACCAGCAGCUGUGCAGUGAAAGUAAAGUGAGGAUGUUUCAUGAAUAGUUUUUAUUGAUCAGCAGAAAGCUAAAGCUAAUCAAUAUUUACCUUUAAAACAGCAGCAAACAGUGUUUCAGGUUCUCGGCAGCUUGAAUGUUGCUGCAUCUGAGUCCAUGAUGAAGAUGGAGCUUCAUGACUCUGGCUGGAGCAGCUGUUUGCAGCUGGAUCAGAGUGGUCUGGGGGCUGCAGGAUCAGAGCGGUCUGGGGUCUGCAGGAUCAGCUGGAUCAGAGUGGUCUGGGGUCUGCAGGAUCAGCUGGAUCAGAGUGGUCUGGGGGCUACAGGAUCAGCUGGAUCAGAGUGGUCUGGGGGCUACAGGAUCAGCUGGAUCAGAGCGGUCUGGGGGCUGCAGGAUCAGAGCGGUCUGGGGGCUACAGGAUCAGCUGGAUCAGAGCGGUCUGGGGGCUGCAGGAUCAGCUGGAUCAGAGUGGUCUGGGGGCUGCAGGAUCAGCAGGAUCAGAGUGGUCUGGGGGCUACAGGAUCAGCUGGAUCAGAGUGGUCUGGGGGCUGCAGGAUCAGCAGGAUCAGAGUGGUCUGGGGGCUACAGGAUCAGCUGGAUCAGAGUGGUCUGGGGGCUGCAGGAUCAGCAGGAUCAGAGUGGUCUGGGGGCUGCAGGAUCAGCUGGAUCAGAGUGGUCUGGGGGCUACAGGAUCAGCAGGAUCAGAGCGGUCUGGGGGCUGCAGGAUCAGAGUGGUCUGGGGGCUACAGGAUCAGCUGGAUCAGAGCGGUCUGGGGGCUGCAGGAUCAGAGUGGUCUGGAGGCUGCAGGAUCAGCUGGAUCAGAGUGGUCUGGGGGCUGCAGGAUCAGAGUGGUCUGGAGGCUGCAGGAUCAGCAGGAUCAGAGUGGUCUGGGGGCUGCAGGAUCAGAGCGGUCUGGGGGCUGCAGGAUCAGCUGGAUCAGAGCGGUCUGGGGGCUGCAGGAUCAGAGCGGUCUGGGGGCUGCAGGAUCAGCUGGAUCAGAGCGGUCUGGGGGCUGCAGGAUCAGCAGGAUCAGAGUGGUCUGGGGGCUGCAGGAUCAGAGCGGUCUGGGGGCUGCAGGAUCAGAGCGGUCUGGGGGCUGCAGGAUCAGCUGGAUCAGAGUGGUCUGGAGGCUGCAGGAUCAGCAGGAUCAGAGUGGUCUGGGGGCUGCAGGAUCAGAGCGGUCUGGGGGCUGCAGGAUCAGCUGGAUCAGAGUGGUCUGGGGGCUGCAGGAUCAGCUGGAUCAGAGCGGUCUGGGGGCUGCAGGAUCAGAGUGGUCUGGGGGCUGCAGGAUCAGCUGGAUCAGAGUGGUCUGGGGGCUGCAGGAUCAGUUGGAUCAGAGCGGUCUGGGGGCUGCAGGAUCAGUUGGAUCAGAGCGGUCUGGGGGCUGCAGGAUCAGCUGGAUCAGAGUGGUCUGGGGGCUACAGGAUCAGCUGGAUCAGAGCGGUCUGGGGGCUACAGGAUCAGCUGGAUCAGAGUGGUCUGGGGGCUGCAGGAUCAGAGUGGUCUGGGGGCUGCAGGAUCAGUUGGAUCAGAGUGGUCUGGGGGCUGCAGGAUCAGCAGGAUCAGAGUGGUCUGGGGGCUGCAGGAUCAGAGUGGUCUGGGGGCUGCAGGAUCAGUUGGAUCAGAGUGGUCUGGGGGCUGCAGGAUCAGUUGGAUCAGAGUGGUCUGGGGGCUGCAGGAUCAGUUGGAUCAGAGUGGUCUGGGGGCUGCAGGAUCAGUUGGAUCAGAGCGGUCUGGGGGCUGCAGGAUCAGUUGGAUCAGAGUGGUCUGGGGGCUGCAGGAUCAGCUGGAUCAGAGUGGUCUGGGGGCUGCAGGAUCAGUUGGAUCAGAGUGGUCUGGGGGCUGCAGGAUCAGAGUGGUCUGGGGGCUGCAGGAUCAGCUGGAUCAGAGCGGUCUGGGGGCUGCAGGAUCAGCUUUGUUCAUACAAACAGAAAACUAAAUGAAAGCAGAUUUUCAGGUCGACUGUUUGUGUGUUUGUGUGUUUGUGUGUUUGUGUG